AUGUUCGGAGCGGAUGUGGCUGAGCGUAAACGUCACAUCGAUUUGGCAAAAGAGGGCUACUUGCAAAUCCCGAUACCGAUCGAUGAUCUACAACGAUGGUGGGAUGCUGAUGGUUCUCGCAAUGAUUUCUUGGGGCUCUAUGUUGAGGCACUCUAUAAGGGCGAAAAUUUAGCUGUACAUCCACAACAGAAUACCAAAAACUUGAUGUACAUGGAGUUGACAACGGUCGAUGAGUGGACACGUCGAAAACGCAGUUCAACCGAGAAGUGCACCAGGGAAAUGAACGAGCCAUCGUGUUGCUUGUACAGCUUACAAGUGAAUUUCGAGAGGGCUGGUUGGGACUUCAUAAUCGCACCGAAACUCUAUGAUGCGCAGAUGUGUAGUGGUGAAUGUCGAUUGCAUCAUAUCACAUCAUCGACAACCAACAACACAGUAUCAGGAUGUUGUCAUCCAUCUGAAUACGACCCAAUGACACUGGUUUAUAUGACUCAGGAUAUGGAAGUGAAGAUAAAGGACGUUCCUGGAAUGAUUGCUAGACGUUGUACAUGUGGUUGA